AUGUCAAGCACUGGGAAUGGCGAGUCCAGCCGCGAGGCGCACGCGUAUUUGGGCGCGCUAGAGACAGUAGACCACCGUCAGCGCUCUUUCUACCCUGACUAUAAGCUCCUGUUGCUACCGCUGAUUUAUCUACCGGACAUUGUUUUGUUCCCAGGUGACGACCUACCGCUUCGGAUGCUGCCGGAAUCGCUACUCGGUGGCAUCCGAGACCUGAUAUCAAGGGAAGGCUCGCUCUUGGCGGUGCUGCCUCCCCACCAGACGCGGCCGCACUAUGGCGUGACGGUUCAAGUCGAGCGCUUUAGCGUCGAAGACCACGGUGCACGGAUGACUGGCGCCGCGCGGCAGCGGUUCCGGCUCAAGAAGAGGCUGCAAGGUGACCAAAAUGCUGGCAUUUUCUAUGGCGAAGUCGAGAUCUUGCCGCAAGACCGCGCGCCGUCGAUGCCCUUUGAUCAUUUGUGCUGGCAGCGGCAAGUGGACGAUAUAAAAAAGGGCCCAGACACUGUCCGACCGAGGAGUCUGCAACGACUGCGGGGGCGGCAGUUCCCAGCGUACUAUGGCCGCGCGACCUACGCGCUGUACGAUGCCCGAGUGCUCGUGCACCGGAUCCAGCACAUGUUGCUGACGAAUAUGCACGGGGAGUGGUUCCGCAAACCAUGCGGGACGGACGUACCCGCUGAGCAAGAGAGCAGCAACGAGCAGGAGACGAAAACGUCGCUGGUGCAGUAUUUGUCGCUCCCGAGCGACCGACAGGACCCGAAUCUGUUUGCGUUCUGGGUCGCUCGGAACUUGCCGCUCGACACAGCACAGCGACUGGAACUCUUGAUGAUGGACUCGACGGUGAGGUUGCUACGGCGAGAGAUUGAGCUACUGGAGCAAGUUCAAGAGGAUAUUCUCUGUUUCUACUGCGGCGCGUUCCUUGCCAACACGCGGGACAUUUUCAGUAUGACAGCGCGCGGUGCAGCAGGCGGCACGUUUGUCAAUCCGGGAGGCCACGUCUUUCAAGUGUUGACGCUGCGCGAGGUGGAUCGUGCACAUGUGGUUGUCGACAUGUCUCGUCGGACUGAAGACACGUGGUUUGUAGGUUAUGCCUGGAGCAUCGCGCAUUGCAACGCUUGCUACCAACAUCUGGGGUGGCGGUUUGACCGAGUGGAUGCUGCGCGCUCACCUGCUACUUUUUUCGGAUUCCGGCGGACAGCACUCACUCGAUCCCGAGACUUGCGACAAGUGGAUCCUCGAUCUCUGCACUUGGAUGGGUACGAUACAGACGACUUUGACGUAUCCGUGGCGUCGAGCGACGGCAGCUCAACGACCGCUAUUAGCGAAGAACUGUCGUUGCUGUAA